UUCUGCAGACAUUAAAAAUUGCAUUUUAUGGAUAAAAACUAUUUUUUAGUCUUUUAGAAAAAAAUGUUCAUUUUCAAGAAGAAGUGAAAUCUUCAUAACAGGGAAUAAGCUAUGGGUGGAGAAGGAUAUGGAGCUCUGGAGGAGGAGUUUGCUGAUGAGAAUAUAAAUUAUAUUCCAGUUAAAGCACCGAAAAAUAUAAGAUUAGAAUGGGCAGUCUCUCUUCUUUUUGGAAGCUACGAGAUCACUGUGUCCUACCUCCUGGUGAUAAUAUCAAUGGCGUAUUACAAUAAACAGGAGGUUCCUGAAGUAGGAGAGGAGGGUGUAGAAGACGUAAAGAAUUUGCCAUUGCUUACCAACCUAUGUGGAAGUUUACUGCCAGAUUGGAAAUCAGUAGCUGUACUCUUCGCAUUCUAUACUCUUAUAUAUACAGGUUUAAUCUGCUUGAAUGUCGUCUUUAUCCGAUCAACGCUACGUCUGCGAGGAAACACACUUUCUACUUGGGAGACUUUACUUCAUCCCUUUAGUAGACUUAUUUUAGGCCUUAUAUCAUUCUUCCUGAUUUGCGGAUUUUCCGAAACCUCUCCUGAACUUCAACCAGUCAAUAAGAUUUCUUAUCAUCUUUGUCAGGGCUCAAUGACAAUUGAUGCCGCAUUUUUCCUCUUUUUCCUCUACAUAUCAAUCUGGUAAUUCCUUUAUAUGUUUAUAAU